AUGGCUAGUUCACACAAGCAAACGUCCUGUCCUUGUGCUAGUGGUUUAAUAUUCCAUGAACUAUUCUGCUAUGAUGUCUAUGUAGUCUCGGCACCAGCCCCACAAAAUACAAAGCAAAAGCAAAUUGAUGAAUAUAUGACUGACAACAUUGUGAAUCCUCUUGAGCAAGAUGGAUUUAAGUGUUACUUUGGCUCCAGAGACAUACCUGGAGGAGAAUUUGUUAUACAGAGCUUAAGUAAGCCAAUCACCAUUAUCCCAAUAACCAUUGUACCAGUCUACAAGGAUAGGCGUUUCACAGCACAUCGGAACCUUCUUCUAAGACCAGAUUAUUUGGACAGAAUUGUAUUUCUCUUGUUUGAUUCAACAGAAGUUGAACCUCCUGCUGUUGCAAGAAACAGUUUCUCAAUCGCAUUCAACGAUAAGCACCUAUUACGGAAGCUGAUCCAAACAAUUGAAAAAAGGAGCAAACAGAUUCCACUAGAUCACAGGAGAAAAAAAUUUGGGAAUGAUCCUGAUGGCAUUGUCUUUCUUGAAAGUAUGUUGACAUUGCCUAUUGACCUUCUCAGUCAUCGCCACAACUGCAAUCAAAACAUUAGACACCAGGCAGCAAACAGCUUGGCAAAACUAAUCCAGAGAGACAUCAUACACUUCAUUCAGACGGACGAUUUACCCUGCAUUGAAAAGCAAGUUAGAUACUGGGUGGAGAAACAGAAUUCUGACAUUUUUGAAAAAUUGUAUUUCUGGAUAUCAGCUGCUAUAUUCUUUAGAAUAUACAAAUACAAUGACUUGAAUUUGAAGAGGUAUAUGAAGAAUGUGACUGUAACAAAGUAUAAAACCAGAUACAAAUCCUAUGAGCAGCUUUGUCUAUACUUUUACCGCAAGUGUACAGUUUCUCUGCAUGCUAAAAUAAAGACAUGGCCAAGAAAACUGGAUAAUAAUUCUGCCCAUAUAAGGAAAUUUGAAGAGAGCCUUUCAAUGAUAGAUCCUAAAUCAUCUGAUAAGGCAACAACGCCACCACAAUCCCUGAUGAAAAUUAUAACCAACCUACCUUGGGACAUAAGGCAUAUCUUCAUAGUUGCUAUUUCUGAAAAGUUAUUUCAGAAGAAGUAUACAGAAUCAAAGGUGUCCUUUUUCACACAAAUAUGUGCUGUAGUUGUGAAUAAGCACACAGAAGUUUUUCUUGAUGUGAUUGAAAGAGUAACAGAGUACAUACUGGAAAACUGCACAGAAGAUGCAUUGAUGGUCUGUUUGCAACUUCUUGAAACUGGUUGGAUGUCGCGAAGAAAAAGAAUCAAAUAUGAUAAACUGAAAAUUAUUCUCAAGAACUCCUUUAGCAAACUUGUUUAUCAUCCUGUAGACAAAGUGAGAUAUUGUGUAACUCCAUUGCUAUUUUUUGAGGAUUCGUAUCCAAACAUUGUUUCAGAAUUGGGCAACACAAUUUUUAAAGUGAAUGAAGACCUGGUAGAAAUAUGCAUAUGUGAGCACCUAAUUCAUAACCACCCAGAUAUAACUCUAGGUGACCAAAUGCAAACAACAUCUCCACAUUCUUUGAUCUUUGAAGCCAAAACUCCAGAGGGAGAUGUGCUUGUGUAUGUGUUUAAACAAACAACAUUAAAUGAUGUUUUGCAAACUAACUCUACAGAUGAUUCUUAUGAACGCUUCCAGGGAAUGUCAAUGGUGGUAAAAGCAUGUCAAGGACAUGACAAUAUUGCAGCAUUGAGGAAUGAGCCUACAAGUGGUGUCUUGCCAUUCUUUGUGGUUGAACAUGGUAAACCUCUGUUGCUCUUCUUGCAUGAAAAGGAAAAUCAGCUCACAUUGCUGCAAAUGAUUGAAAUACUGAUUCAUAUCACUAAAGCAACGCAUCAUUGCCACAGCAAGAACGUUAUACUUUGUGACAUCACACCAGCUAGCUUUAUAAUUUUCCCAAAAGACAAUGGAUCUUUCCAAACAAAGUUGGCCAAUUUCAUGUAUGCAAAAUGCCCAGUAAAUGAAGACUCCAACGGUGCUGCACAGGGAACUAUUGAAGAUAUAAAUCACCUAAGCUUUCAAGGUGACAAUAAAGAGGAUGUUGCAGCUUACUUUAGCGCUCCUGAGACUCUUGCCAACAAAAACUUUUCCAAGUAUUCGGAUGCAUGGAUGCUAGCUGCAACCUUUUAUUCAGUACUGUUGUAUGGCAGAUGCCCAUUCCAAGAGCUGGCUCAUCUCAAUGUGUUUGAUUUUGUAAAUGAGAUAAAAGCAAACCACACUGCCUGCAGUCCAAGCCCGUUCCCACCUGACCUAUGGAAAAUCUUAGAGACUAAUUUGGAUUUUGAAGUGGAAAAACGCAUGCUGACGGAAAUAGUGCUAAAUCAAUUUGAGACAUACAAGAAUAAUUUGGGAACAAGAGGGAAUGCAUUGUAUACAGUGAGAACGAUGUGCCGUUACAUAAAUCCGGGCGAUAUACUGAGGGGGCAUGUGGAUGCUAAUGGAAACUUUAUUCUGAAAACUAAUGAAGAACCAUUUGAAGAAACUUACGCUGAUAUUUCACAAUUGGGAGAAAAGAUCAUAGACUCUGUAUCAGUGAGAAUGAGUCUGAAUACAAGAAGAAAACUUUUGAAAUUAAGCCAUGAAAACAUCCUGAAAAUAGAAGAAAUAAGAACGGAUUCCUACAAAACUACAUUGAUAUCAAACAAGUCUGAUGGACACAUUUAUACUUUGAGUGAGAUUGCUCAAGACAUAGAAAAUGACCAAUUCUUUUCCUACAUGGAACAGAUCACCUGUGCUUUGCAAUAUCUACAUGACCACAACAUUCUGCACUGUGACAUGAGAUGUAGUUCCAUGUAUGUCAAUCCAGAAAAGGGCACAGUGAAACUUGGACAUUUUGGAAGAGCGGUUUCCUUGGAAGGUAGACAGACCUUCCCCUAUGUUUUCAAAAUGAUGCCCAAUGAUGCAGAGAGAUGGUCGGCACCAGAAGUGAGAGCUAAUGGGAUGUACUCAAAAGCAUCUGACGUUUUCAACUUGGCAGCAGUAUUUUGGGAAUGGAUAAUCACACAGGAAAAGGCAGUUUACCAAAAUGAUCCACUGAGGCCGUUUCGAGGCUGCAGUCAUAUGGAAGAAUAUGCUAAUUGCACCAAUCUAAAAACAUGGGACGAGGACAUUAAUAAGCUACUGAGGUUUAUGCAGAAGUGCUGGACCCCCAAUCCCACAAAGAGACCUACACCGAAUGUGAUCAUAGAUAUCAUUAAACAAAUACGGACAGAAGAUGAACAGUACUGGUUGGUAUCUGGAGAUACAGUAUCUGAUGACUCAGAAAGUGGUGGAGAAGAUGAUGUCUAUGAAAGAAUCAUUGAAAAUUCCUCUCCAGAUUUUUCUGUCUGUUAUGCAUGGGGGAAAGUAGUUAAGGAACUUGUGGUUUGUCAAGGAAUUCAAAAUGAUCCCACCUCACGUAUUGAUGUCAUAGACAUGUCUACUUCUGAGAAAGUUGACGUUUAAUUGAAGAACAAAACAAGAAAUAGUACAAGCAAUCUUCUAUAGAUGAUCUCAAAUAAACAUAU